AUGGCCUCCGGCGCUCGUCCUGCAUCUACCCGUCGAUUCCUCAAGCCUCUCCUCUACUCAGCGGCUGCCCUAGCGGGAGUAGGCGCAACCGUUUUCUAUGUAUCAUAUCGUCCCAUCAAUAUCCCGGGCUCACAGGGCGCGGCGGUUCCCGUGCGGCGGACAGAAGAUGGAAAGAUCAUACCCCCGAAGUUCCCCUUGAUCAAGUCGCGUGCACAGCAGAUUGACGAUCUAAGAAAAAGUGGUGGUCUGGUUGGGGCAGCUUCUGAGACUCCCGUCACUCAGCAAUUGAAAAACAGUUUUGAUCGACUUAAAGGUGCAACAAGCGAAGACAAGGACAAUGUGUUAGCGGCCGACCAGGAAGCCGGAGAACCUUACGACCUUCUCAUCAUCGGUGGUGGAGCUACAGGGUCUGGGAUCGCCCUCGAUGCUGCUACUCGAGGCCUCAAAGUUGCUCUUGUCGAGCGUGAUGACUUUGCUGCGGGGACGAGUAGCAAAAGCACCAAGCUUGUGCACGGAGGAGUUCGGUAUCUGGAAAAGGCUGUAUGGGAACUCGACUACAAUCAAUAUGCCUUGGUCAAGGAAGCACUGCGCGAAAGAAAAUACUUCUUGGAUACCGCGCCUCAUCUUUCGACAUGGCUUCCGAUCAUGAUCCCGUUGCAGAAAUGGUAUCAGGCACCUUACUUUUGGGCCGGGACGAAGUUCUAUGACUUCUUGGCAGGAAGUGAAGGGAUUGAGACCAGUUACUUCUUGACGAAGAGCAAGGCUUUGGACGCGUUUCCCAUGUUGAAGACGGACAAUCUGAUAGGUGCUUUGGUGUACUACGACGGAGCUCACAACGAUAGCCGCAUGAACAUCUCCAUCGCGGCCACUGCUGCGCUUUACGGUGCGACGGUGGUGAACCAUAUGGAAGUCAUUAGCUUGACGAAAGAUCAAAACGGCAGAUUGAACGGUGUCCUUGCUCGAGAUGUGAUUGCAGAGAAGAAUGGCAAAUCGACCUCUCCGAUCACCAUACGCGCAAAAGGUGUCAUCAACGCGACUGGCCCGUUCUGUGACUCGAUCCGCAAAAUGGACGAUCAGAAAGUGAUGGAGAUUGUCGCUCCGAGUUCGGGUGUGCAUGUUGUCCUUCCUGGAUAUUACAGUCCACAGAAGAACUCGAUGGGUCUGAUUGAUCCUGCUACAUCAGAUGGGCGUGUCAUCUUUUUCCUACCCUGGCAAGGCAACACGAUUGCAGGCACCACCGAUGCGCCAUGCAAUAUCACCCAGCAUCCUAUUGCUGGCGAGGACGAAAUCGGCUGGAUCCUGAAUGAAAUCAAAGGCUACUUGUCCCCAGACAUCAACGUGCGCCGUGGAGAUGUUCUGGCUGCCUGGUCAGGUAUUCGACCACUGGUCAAAGACCCCAAGGCGAAAAAUACCCAGUCGCUGGUGCGGAAUCACCUUGUCACAGUCUCAGAUUCAGGCCUGCUCACGUGUGCGGGUGGAAAAUGGACAACGUAUCGACAAAUGGCAGAAGACGCCGUGGACGAAGCCAUCAAGCAAUUCAAAUUGCAGACAAAGCCUCUGACUACACCGAGGAGGGUCAGUGGUACGGAAAUGGUCAACGAUGCUGCGCCCUUAGACGGAAAAUGCCAGACCCAUCAGGUCCGCCUUGUGGGCGCCCAUGGAUAUUCGAAGACACUCUUUAUCAGCCUGAUCCAACAUUUUGGCCUUGAGACCGACGUGGCGAAACAUUUGGCUGAAGCGUACGGCGAUCGUGCCUGGACCGUGGCUGCACUUUCGAGCCCCACCAAUGCUAGAUAUCCUAUUCGAGGCGAGCGGAUUUCUGCCCUGUAUCCUUUUGUGGACGGAGAAGUACGAUACGCUGUUCGACAUGAGUUUGCCCAGCGCGCGGUUGAUGUCAUCGCAAGACGGACCCGCCUUGCAUUUCUCAACGCUCAAGCCGCACUGGAAGCAUUACCCAGGGUUAUCGACCUGAUGGCCGACGAGCUGAAGUGGGAUAGCAAGAGGAAGGAUCUUGAAUGGAAGGAAAGUGUUGCAUUCCUGGCCUCCAUGGGUCUCCCGAAGAGCAAGCUGGGUGCUUCGAGAAAGGACGUUGAGAGUGGAAGAGCCGUAUUCACAGAUGAGUACGAGCGGAAGCUGUAUUCGAGAUUUGAUGGCCCUGCAGAUACUCUCGAAAGCGACUCCAAGCUGGAACCUGGUCAGAAUCCCGUGAUGGGAUCCGAGUCUCCAGCCAACAAAUGA